UUUCCGGGAGCUUGCCUCUUGAAAGUCAUAUAAAAGAUACAGUGAGCUCCCGGUGUCCUCCAAACUCAACUUGGACUCUUGGAUCUUCCAGCUCUUGCCAUCCACUACAAGCUUUGGGAAACUCCCCAACAAGAUGUCAUAUCAGUGCAAGCAACCCUGCCUGCCACCGCCCUCCUGCAUGAAAGGCACCACCGUGUGUGCCGAGCCAGGAGGUGCUAUCUGCGUGACCCCGUCUCAAACCUCGUGCGCAGACGUGGGCGCUCCGAAAUGUGCUACCGUGUGCACGGGCCCCGGAGGCUCCAUCUGCAUGGCGCCAGGGCAGGGCCAGUGCGCAACCGUUUGUCAGGGGCAGAGUAACUCUGUCUGUGUCACGCCACAGCGCCCCCAGUGCGCCACUGUCUGCGCAGGACCCGGAGGCUCUGUCUGUGUGACGCCGCAGCAGACCCAAGGCCCGACUGUGUGCGCCACCCCCUCUGGAUCUGUCUUCGUGCCACAAGGCCAGUCUCAAUGCACUACUGUUUGCCAGGGGGCGGGUGGCUCCGUCUGUGUGACGCCACAACAGCCUCAGUGCGCCACUGUCUGCACAGGUCCCGGAGGCUCCGUCUGUGUGACGCCACAGCAGACCCAAGGCCCGACUGUGUGUGCCACCCCCUCUGGAUCUGUCUUCGUGCCACAAGGCCAAUCUCAAUGCGCUACUAUUUGCCAGGGGGCGGGUGGCUCCGCCUGUGUCACGCCACAACAGCCUCAGUGCGCCACUGUCUGCACAGGUCCCGGAGGCUCCGUCUGUGUGACGCCACAGCAGACCCAAGGCCCGACUGUGUGCGCCACCCCCUCUGGAUCUGUCUUCGUGCCACAAGGCCAGUCUCAAUGCGCUACUGUUUGCCAGGGGGCGGGUGGCUCCGUCUGUGUGAUGCCACAACAGCCUCAGUGCGCCACUGUCUGUCAAGGUCCUGGUGGUUCCAUCUGCGUGACGCCACAACAGACCCCUGGCGGUUCUGUCUGUGUGGCCCCAGGUAAGGGCCAGUGUGCAACCGUCUGCCAGGACCCCUGUGGCAAUGUCAGCAUCACUCCCUGUGAGACUAAGUGUGGGGCUCCAGGCGCCACUGUUUGCACCAGCACCUGCGGGGCUGCGGCGUGUGUGAAGACUUGCGCUACCAAGGGCGGAAAUCCCGGCGUCACCGUCUGCUCUGAUCAAGUCAGCGUGAAGAGCUGUCCUUCCAUUAACAUGGGUCAAUGCAACGUAAAGAAAUCCUAAGCGCCCGUGAGGUCAUCUUCAGAUAUGGAAUGAGCGAAACGACGAGACGUGCUCCUUCCUCCAGCUUUUGCUGAGCUUCCCCGUGAACCCCGAAAGAUGCCUGUUUGCACCUUCUCUGCUCGUCUCCCCAGUCACCGCUUCAAAUUAAAAUGCACGAGUUAUGAUCCUGCUGGGAUAGCACAUCUCCCUUGCAAUGAGAGAGAGAGAGAGAAUGAAUGCUGUUUGGUGGUGGGACAUCUCCAGCUCGCUUUCCCAGAGCUUCUGCAUUAGAUAGACAGCAAUAAAAAGCAAAUAUAAAAACA